AUGUCGCACGCUCAUUCUCAUGAUGGCAUUGGUGGCCACUCCCAUUCACACGAUGGAGGUUUCAAUGCGCAGGAACACGGCCACUCGCACGAAAUUCUGGAUGGGCCUGGCAGCUAUCUGGGCCGGGAGAUGCCCAUUGUAGAAGGUCGAGACUGGAGCGAGCGCGCGUUCACGGUAGGCAUAGGAGGACCAGUAGGCUCCGGUAAAACAGCUCUCAUGCUCGCUCUUUGCCUCGCCCUCCGUGAGAAGUUCUCGAUAGCGGCCGUAACGAACGACAUCUUUACCCGCGAGGACGCCGAGUUCCUCACCAAACAUAAAGCCUUGCCCGCGGAGCGCAUUCGAGCCAUCGAGACCGGCGGCUGUCCACACGCUGCGGUCCGUGAAGAUAUCUCGACCAACCUGGCAGCACUCGAAGACCUACACCGCGAGUUUGGCUCCGAUUUACUCCUCAUCGAGUCAGGUGGUGAUAACCUGGCAGCCAACUAUUCAAGAGAGUUGGCUGAUUAUAUUAUAUAUGUCAUCGAUGUUGCUGGAGGUGACAAGGUGCCGAGAAAGGGCGGACCGGGCAUCACACAGAGUGAUCUCUUAGUGAUCAACAAGACAGAUCUGGCUGAAGCGAUUGGCGCAGACCUUGACGUCAUGGAGCGAGACGCCAGAAAGAUGCGUGAAGGUGGCCCUACAGUGUUUGCGCAGGUCAAGAAAGGAGUUGCAGUAGAUCAUAUUGUAAACCUGAUUGUUAGCGCUUGGAAGGCGAGUGGUGCUGAGGAGGAAAGGAAGUCGAAAGGCGGUCCCAGGCCGACAGAGGGGCUUGGAACGUUGGCAUAG